AUGGCCAAUGCCACCCUGGGAAAGGUGCCAAACAUUGUCCCCCGUAUCAAGCUCUCAGCGACCUCGGACCUCAAGGAGUUUCAUGGAAAGACCAAGAUGAGGACCGAGCACGCGGCUGGGUCAUCACUCAAAGAUUUAAACCAAGACGGGCCGCGCAAGACAAAAAAUCAUGCCGAGCAUUAUAUUGAGACCUCGGAUAACCCAGAAGUGGCAAGCCAGCUGACAGUGUUACGUCUGGCGAAUGUGGAAGAUCUGGAGGAUGUGCUGAGGUCGCGCCAAAGGACGAAGGCACGACGAGGCGAGAUGUUGUUGGGGUCGAGCAAGUUUCACCAGAAAGUACCGAAUCACCCUGAUCGACAAAGGAAGAUGAAUCGCCAAUCUGUUCAAACAGUUAAAGCGGUCCAGGAACAAUCGAGCUCCGAAGACUUUAUCUUGGACAAUUCAGACAGCGGAGGUGAACUGCGGAAGGCCGAUCUCAUGGAAACAGAGGCGGAGAAGUACCGAGGACGGUCCCUUAAGGUGCUUCUUGGUCCUUCGUCGGUGGACCCUCGACUCUAG